AUGGGAUGGGAUGAGAUUCUGUCCCUUCCUGUACAGAUUGCCUGUAUACAGUUGCAGAUGGCGAGAUGGGAUGAAAUUCUGUCCCUUCCUGUACAGAAUCCUCCAACCUUGGAGUUUUCUUCUGCUGACCUUGGUGGUCAAAGGUGGAAGGUUGGCGUGACAAAACUAAUAGAGUUGUUGUAUUGGUGUUCCUUUGGUCCUGAUGACCACAGGAAGGGUGGCAUUGUACGACCCAGUAGGACUACUUAUGUCCCAAAGAAGAAAAAUGCUGGCCGGCCAAAUACUAAGAGAGGGUGCACCUGCCACUUUAUCGUGAAAUGCUUAAUUGCUGAACCAUCAGUAGCGCUCAUCAUAUAUGAUGACGAUAAGCAUGUAGAUAAGAAGGGGUUGCCAUGCCAUGGUCCACAUGGCAAGAAGGCUGCUGGAACGCGUGCUAUGUUUGCCCAAUAUAUCUCAGAGGACCUCUGUUUGCGUGUCUUAUCUCUACUAUAUGUUGGGGUUUCUGUGGAGACCAUAAUGCAAAGACACAAUGAAUCAGUAGAGAGACAGGGUGGGCCUUGUAACCGUGAUGACCUUUUAACCCACCGGUAUGUUCGGAGACGGGAGAGGAGCAUCCAACGUUCUACAUAUGAACUGGAUGCAGAUGAUGCAGUCAGCAUCAGCAUGUGGGUUGAGAGUCACCGGGAUUAUGUUUUCUUUUAUGAAGAUUUCUCUGAUUCCGAACCUAUCACUUUGGGCAUUCAAACAGAGUGGCAGUUGCAACAAAUGAUUCGAUUUGGCAACCACAGCCUUCUGGCUUCUGAUUCAAGGUUUGGAGCAAACAAAUUAAAGCAUCCCAUUCACAGUCUUGUUGUAUUCAACUCAGACAACAAGGCUAUUCCUGUAGCUUGGAUAGUAGCACCAAGGUUUGCUAGUUCAGAUGUGCAUAGAUGGAUGAGGGCUCUUUACAACAGAGUUCGCACAAAAGAUCCUUCUUGGUAG